AUGAAAGCUCAAAAAUAAAUUCAAUCCGAUUCCUUUAGUGAUAUCAGAAGUUCAUUUUAAAUACGAACACGUAUGGCGAAACACCACGCCGACAUUUUCUGCUGCUGCCACGCGUCACUUUCCAAAUAUUGAUUCAUUAAACUAAUAGUUGAUCCAUAUCCGAAACCGGACUAUAAAACUAUCUUCAAUGCGUUAACGAAUCUUCAUCGAUCAAACUCAUCAAAGUCUAAUAUCACAAAGAAAGAGUUUUUUUAACUAGCUUAGCUCAAAGUGUUUGCUUAAGACAAGAAGAACAUGGCGUCUUACCAGAACCGUCCAGGAGGUCAGGCCACUGACGAGUACGGAAACCCGAUCCAGCAGCAGUAUGACGAGUACGGAAAUCCGAUGGGAGGAGGAGGAUACGGAACUGGUGGUGGUGGAGGAGCUACAGGUGGCCAAGGAUACGGAACAGGUGGCCAAGGGUACGGAUCAGGUGGCCAAGGGUACGGAACCGGUGGCCAAGGAUACGGAACCGGGACCGGGACUGAAGGCUUUGGAACUGGCGGAGGAGCUAGGCACCACGGCCAAGAGCAACUCCACAAGGAAAGUGGUGGUGGCUUGGGAGGAAUGCUUCACCGCUCCGGAUCUGGAUCCAGCUCUAGCUCGGAGGAUGAUGGACAAGGAGGGAGGAGGAAGAAGGGAAUAACACAAAAGAUCAAGGAGAAGUUGCCAGGUCAUCAUGAUCAGUCUGGUCAAGCUCAAGCGAUGGGCGGCAUGGGAUCCGGAUAUGAUGCUGGUGGCUACGGUGGUGAGCACCACGAGAAGAAGGGGAUGAUGGACAAGAUCAAGGAAAAGCUUCCCGGUGGUGGCCGUUAAGCUUCGAACAAUCGUGUAUACAUAUUAAAUAAAAAUAAUGAGGGUUUGUAACGCAGUCGCAUUCGGUCGUUGUAUUGUGCUUUUUAUGUAUGUACGUCCUGCGAUGUGUGUUGUUUACUUACAUGAGUGUGUAAUGAGCAUCUGGCUCUUUUUAUGUUCUGAGAUGUUUGUGUUAUGUAAUUUCACAUCUAUAUAAAUCUACUUUCUUCUGCUU